GUUAGAAAUAACAUAUAAUACAUAUACUUAAUCAACAUGGGUAGAAUGCACAGCAACGGCAAAGGUAUUUCAGGUUCAGCCUUACCAUACAACAGAAAACCACAUUCAUGGACCAAACCAACUUCAACUGAAGUCUGUGAAACUGUUUGCAAAUUAGCCAAAAGAGGUUACACUCCAUCAAGAAUCGGUGCCACUUUAAGAGAUUCACACGGUAUUGCUCAAGUUAAAAAUGUUACUGGUAGCAAAAUCUUACGUAUCUUAAAAGUUAACGGUUUAGCUCCAACCAUCCCAGAAGAUUUAUACCACUUAAUCAAAAAAGCCGUCACCAUCAACAAACAUUUACAAAGAGCCCGUAAAGAUUACGACGGUAAAUUCCACCUUCGUUUAGUCGAAUCACGUAUCCACAGACUUUCACGUCCAUACAGAAAGAACGGUACCCUCCCACCAAACUGGAAAUACGAAUCAGCCACCGCCUCAACUUUAGUUGCUUAAGGUGUCAAAUUCUUAUAAUUUUAAAUAAAAUAGAAGUAUUCGGGGUGUAUUAUUGGUGUCAAAGCUAAUGAUAUACUUUUUAAAACUGAUACUUUCUAUUAAAUC